AUGGCGUUCAGCUUUGGCUUCUCCGGCGACGACAUUGAUAUUGACGACUCCGAGUUGCAUGAAGAAGGAGUCAACCUCGCCCAAACCGAGGACAAUGGUCUCCCGGCUCUAGUGCCGGCGCAGAAACAUGAUAUUAAGGAGUGGAUCCCAACAUUCCCCUCACAAAUCUCCUACAACAAACUCGCCAUCGAGGUAUCAGGGACAGAUGAGUCGCUCACCCUCGCCAGGCGAGAGGUGUUUGAUAUCCGCACCCAACUCAUGGCCGAAGACACAGCCGACCACGAGAACGAAGAACUCAUCUCCGGCCUGGAAGAGGGCGACAUCAAGCCCAAUUUCUACGAGGGGGGAUUCAAGACGUGGGAAUGCGCGCUCGAUCUGGCCAAGCUCGUCGCUGCCGAGGGCGUGGCGUCCGAGAGCGCCCAAGAUCUGCAUAUCAUCGAGCUUGGCGCUGGCACCGCCGUGCCGUCUCUGGCGCUCUUCGCGCAGCUGCUCGCCCGCCCAGAGCCGAGCGGGCGAAAAACGCAUUUCACCUUCGCGGACUACAAUUCUGCUGUGCUGCGGCUCGUCACGCUGCCUAAUCUCCUUCUGACGUGGAACUAUAUCGUCAGCCAGCGGACGUCCGUGUCCGCCGGGGCUCCGCCGGAGACUGAGCAGGAGGAGGAACUGGAUGUUACCCCGGAGUUGCUGGAGCGGUUUGUGAAGGACCUGGCAGAGAAGGGGAUCACGGUGGAGUUUAUUUCUGGCGCUUGGUCGCCGGCGUUUGUCGAGCUGGUGUUUGCGGGUGUCGGGUCCGGCCAUCGGGACACGCUCGUCAUGGCGAGCGAGACCAUCUACUCGCCUGCGUCGCUGUCUGCGUUCUCGGAGACGCUGCUGGCGUUGCUGCGGCGGUCUACGGAGGGCGGUGGGCGGAGUCGGGCGCUGGUUGCGGCUAAGAAGGUUUACUUUGGGGUUGGGGGCGGGGUGGAUGAGUUCCUGGCUGUGUUUAGAGGACUCACUGGGGAUGCGGUGAGGGUGCAGGAGCGGCUGGACGUGAAGUCGGAGGGGGUGGGAAGGGUAGUCUUGGAGAUUGCGGGAUAG